UGACAGACAGAAAUGGCACUGACAGUUUUGUGCAUGAUUUUGUUGUUAAAUUGUGUAACAUCAGACGUGCCUUAUAAAGAACUAUAUUAUGAUCAAAUUGUUGAUCAUUUCAACUACAUUUCAUAUGGACAACAGAGGUUUAAACAAAGAUAUUUGAUUCAGGAUAAAUGGUUUGAUCCUGCAAGCAAGGGCCCAAUAUUUUUCUACACUGGUAAUGAAGGUCCUAUUACAUCAUUCUGGAAUGCAACUGGUUUUAUAUUUGAUAUUGCUCCACAGUUUAAUGCCUUGGUUGUCUUUAUAGAACAUAGAUAUUAUGGUAAAAGUUUACCAUUUGGAGCUGAUAGUUUUAAAGAUAAGAACUAUGGGUUAUUAACUAUAGAACAGGCUAUGGCAGAUUUUGCUGUUUUAAUAACUGAUAUAAAACAUAACCAAUAUAAAGCUAACAAAUCACCCAUUAUAACAUUUGGAGGAAGUUAUGGUGGUAUGCUAAGUGCUUAUAUGAGAUUUAAAUAUUCUAACAUCAUUGCUGGAGCUAUAGCUGCUAGUGCACCAAUCUAUAUGCUAUCACCCAAAUGUGAUCCAACUCAAUAUUUUGUUAGAGUUACUGAGGAUUUUAAACAGUCUAAUCCCCAAUGUUCAGCUAAUGUUAGAAAAGCUUUUACUGUCAUGGAGAAUAUGGUACAGAGUGGACAAGCAGAGAAAGUUUCUGAGAAAUUACACCUAUGUGAAACAUUUAAUUCUACUGGGUACAACCAAGUAAUAGGAUGGAUAAGAAAUGCUUUUGUAUCUCUGGCCAUGUUUGAUUAUCCAUAUCCAACUAAUUUUAUGGGACAGUUUCCUGCUUUUCCUGUGGAUGUUUCCUGUAGUUAUAUUGUCAAUUCAACAGAUCUGGUUUCUAGCUUGGGUCAAAUGGUUGCAUUAUUCUAUAAUGGUACAAAUGGAUCUAAGAAAUGUUUUGAUAUUUGGACUGAGUAUGUAGCUUGUGCUGAUCCUAGUGGUUGUGGUCUGGGUCCAGAUAGUCAUGCUUGGGACAUUCAGGCAUGUUCAGAAGUACCAAUGUAUUUUAGUACAGAUGGUGUAGAAGAUAUGUUUCCUCCAAUGAAGUAUGAUGCUGCUAUGAGGAGAAAGUACUGUCAGAAGAAAUGGGGUAUUACACCUAGAGAUGGUUGGGUCAAUACAUUAUUUUGGGGCAUAGAUAUACUAGGAGCAUCUAAUAUAUUGUUUUCAAAUGGUGGUAAAGAUCCAUGGGCUUUUGCAGGGGUGUUACAUAAUUUAUCAGAUAAUUUAACUAGUGUAAUAAUACCUGAUGGUGCUCAUCAUUUAGAUUUAAGGGGAGCUAAUCCUCGAGACCCACCUGACGUAUUUAAGGCUAGAGAGCUAGAAAAGUAUUAUAUAAGAUUAUGGAUUAAUACAGCCUAUAACAAAGAAAAUCAAAAUUCUAAAAUCUAACUACCUCCCAAAACAACAUUCAUUGUGACUGUAUUAAAGUCUUGUGCCAGAGCUUUCGUAACUUUGUCAUUAGUUCAACCUUUACUCUCAAAACAACAUUCAUUGUGUCUAUAUUAAAAUCUAACCCCCACCCAAAACAACAUCAUUAUGUCAACAGUUACCGGUGUCUUGUCUAUUAAUGUUACUAGUAGGCUACGAAUUCACAUAAUUAAACGGAUUUAUGAAUGAAAAAUCAAAUUUUUUACUUUAACAAAAAUAUAUGGAUAUAGAUAUAUGGAUUUAUGUUCGUCCGUUCGGGGUCCAAUCCCGUUUACUUAAAGUAACAGAUUUCAUGUGUUCAUGAACAAGCUAUUUACGAGGAUUAACACAAGUGUAUUCGAUUAAUGAAAAUUAUGAAUAACUGUGCCGAAAUGAAUAUAUGCCUUAUAUUACUGUGCCCAAAGAGAGUGUGUUUCAAACAAAGAAUACGUGCCUGAUUAAAUCUGUGCUGAGAUGACCAUGCCUAAAUGACCCAUGCUUAACCUAAAUGUUUGUGCCUAACUGCCUUGUGAAUAGUCGGCAUUUUUAAUAUAUCAAAAUAGCAUUCAGAU